CAGACACACAGUCACUGCAGCUGCCGCUGAGCCCGGGGCGCGCGGCGGCGGCGGCGGGCAGCCUGGCACCGGGAGCCGCACCGCCAGAGGGGGCAGCCUGGCACCGGCCCCGGCCCCGCGGAGAGGCGGCAGCGGGGGCAGCCUGGCACGGGGACCCGCAGGGGGCAGCCUGGCACCGGGAGCCGGAGAGAGCCGGCGGGGGCAGCCUGGCAGCAGCGGGACCCAGCCGGGCAGCGCGAGCGGGCGCUGAGCGAGCCCGGGCGGAGCGUCGCGCCCGGCAGCCGCUGAGGCCGGGCCAGCAGCAGCGGGAGCGGCGCCGGAGGAGCCUUCCCAGCCCGGCUCCUCGCUGCCCGUGACCUUCCCGGGGCUCCCCGCCGCCUCCCAGGCCGGGGCAGGGCCUCCUCUCCCGGCGGAGCUUGGCUGCAGGCCCCGGAGAGGGGGCAGGAGGCCGGACCGGAGCCCCCGCCUCCGGGUCCCGCUGGCCGUCGGGCAGGGCCUGUGCAGCGCGCAUCGCCGCCGGGGACUGGCGAGGGGGGCGGCGGGCUGCAUCCCAGGGCAGCAUGGAGGAGCGGGCGGGCAGGCCCUGAAGAGAGAGCCGGGCGGGCAGGAGAGGAGGGAUCCGUCGGCUCCGCGUCCCGGAGGGAGAGGGGACCCCCGUCCUGGCUGCUCCCGCGCCCCAUGAAGAGCAGGGAAACCGGCGCCUCCCUUGCCUGGAGAGACCCCCCCGGAGCGCCGGGCUGCAGGGACUGAACGGGACCCGCCUCCCCGCAGCAGAGGAGGAAAAGCUUCAUUGUGCUGGGGGCAAGAGCCGGGGCUGUGGCCGCACCCGUCCCGAGGUGCAAGGAACGAGCCCGGCAUCUACCUUCUGCACAGCCCCCUGCUUCCCCGCAGCCGCGCCGAGAAGUAUAAACUGCUGCUAAUCAAUACUGCAAAUGGAUGAAUAAUGUUAAGAAAUUACCAGACAUCAAUGUAUGAAUUUGUCUGACUCCACAUAUCUGAAGUUGAAGAUAGUGGAAGAAAACAAGUCAUUGGAUGGAUAGAGUAAUAUGUGGGAGGCUGUGGACUACGCGCUUCCGACAUAGGAACAGCACUGGGUUGGGAAUCUCUACUUCUGAGAGAAUGCUGGGAAUCUGCAGAGGGAGACGGAAAUUCCUUGCUGCCUCUCUGACUCUCCUUUUUGUUCCAGCCUUUACUUGGAUUUACCUGUUUUCUGGCAGUUUUGAAGAUGGGAAGGCGGCGUCGCUGUCGCCAAUCGAAUCUCAGCCCCAUAGCCCUCAUUACACAGCCUCGAACCAGCGGGAGCGGGAGAGCUUGGAAAUACGCAUGCGGGAGGUGGAGGAGGAGAACCGGGCGCUCCGCAAGCAGCUCAGCCUGGUGCAGAGCCGGAGCCCAACGCACCGUCGUGGCAAUCAUUCAAAAACCUACUCCAUGGAGGAGGGGACCGGGGACAGUGAGAGCCUGCGGGCUGGCAUCGUGGCAGGGAACAGCUCAGAGUGUGGGCAGCAGCCAGCAGUGGAGAAGUGUGAGACGAUCCACGUCGCCAUUGUUUGUGCUGGAUACAACGCCAGUCGGGAUGUUGUCACGCUUGUCAAAUCGGUCUUAUUUCACAGGCGAAACCCUCUUCACUUCCACCUCAUUGCAGAUGCUAUUGCCAAACAGAUCCUGGCGACUCUCUUCCAGACCUGGAUGGUCCCUGCUGUGCGCAUAGACUUCUAUGAUGCAGAUGAGCUCAAGUCGGAAGUAUCCUGGAUCCCCAACAAACACUACUCUGGGAUUUAUGGGUUGAUGAAGCUGGUUCUGACAAAGACUCUCCCUUCCAAUCUCGAGCGAGUCAUUGUCCUCGACACAGACAUAACCUUUGCCACUGACAUUGCUGAGCUAUGGGCCGUCUUUCACAAGUUCAAAGGCCAGCAGGUUCUUGGCUUGGUGGAGAACCAGAGUGACUGGUAUCUGGGCAACCUUUGGAAGAAUCACCGUCCCUGGCCAGCUCUUGGGAGGGGUUACAACACAGGGGUUAUCCUGCUACUUCUGGAUAAGUUGCGAAAGAUGAAAUGGGAGCAGAUGUGGAGACUCACAGCUGAAAGAGAGUUAAUGAGCAUGCUGUCAACCUCAUUGGCUGACCAGGAUAUCUUCAAUGCAGUCAUCAAACAGAACCCAUUCCUUGUCUACCAGCUUCCAUGUUUCUGGAACGUGCAGCUGUCUGACCACACCCGUUCUGAACAGUGCUACAGGGAUGUUUCUGACCUAAAGGUGAUUCACUGGAACUCGCCAAAGAAGCUGCGAGUGAAAAACAAGCAUGUGGAGUUUUUCCGCAACCUCUACCUGACAUUCCUAGAGUACGAUGGGAACCUGCUGAGGCGGGAGCUCUUUGGCUGCCCCAGUGAGGCAGACGUCAACAGUGAAAAUCUUCAGAAGCAGCUGUCCGAGCUGGAUGAGGAUGACCUGUGCUACGAAUUUCGUCGAGAGCGCUUCACCGUCCAUCGCACUCAUUUGUACUUUCUACAUUAUGAGUACGAGCCUGCCUCAGACAGCACUGAUGUAACUCUGGUGGCUCAGCUCUCAAUGGACAGGCUCCAGAUGCUUGAAGCUAUCUGCAAACAUUGGGAGGGUCCAAUCAGCCUGGCACUCUAUCUUUCUGAUGCAGAGGCCCAACAAUUCCUGCGCUACGCCCAGGGCUCGGAAGUCCUCAUGAGCCGACGCAAUGUUGGGUACCAUAUAGUGUACAAGGAGGGGCAGUUCUAUCCUGUGAAUCUCCUGCGGAAUGUGGCCAUGAAGCACAUCAGCACACCAUACAUGUUCUUGUCUGACAUUGACUUCUUGCCCAUGUAUGGACUCUACGAGUACCUCAGGAAGUCUGUCAUCCAGCUAGACUUGGCCAAUACCAAGAAAGCUCUGAUCGUACCUGCUUUUGAGACCCUUCGGUACCGCCUCUCCUUCCCCAAGUCAAAAGCAGAGCUGUUAUCUAUGUUGGACAUGGGAACCCUCUUCACAUUCAGGUAUCACGUCUGGACGAAAGGGCAUGCACCCACGAACUUUGCCAAGUGGCGGACUGCUACCACACCUUAUCAAGUUGAGUGGGAAGCAGACUUUGAGCCAUAUGUUGUUGUGAGGCAGGACUGCCCAGAGUACGACAGAAGGUUUGUAGGGUUCGGCUGGAACAAAGUAGCUCACAUAAUGGAACUGGAUGCACAGGAAUAUGAAUUCAUAGUGCUGCCCAAUGCCUAUAUGAUCCAUAUGCCGCAUGCUCCCAGCUUUGACAUCACCAAGUUCCGCUCCAACAAGCAAUACCGCAUCUGUCUGAAGACCCUGAAGGAGGAGUUCCAGCAGGAUAUGUCACGCCGCUAUGGCUUUGCAGCCCUCAAAUAUCUCACAGCAGAGAACAACAGCUAGCACGACGGAGCCUGUUUACGGGAAACAGACACUCAAGGGAGGAGCCACUUAAUGUUUGGGGCCCAGUCUUUUAACUUGGAACUGAGACUUUUUUUGUUUUUAUAUCAUACCCAACAGUUCUAACAGUAGAGAUUUGAAGCGACAUGUCUUCAGACUGUGCUCAUUAGCCACUUCCCUUCCACCCGCCUGCCAGGCUCUCAGCUUUAGCAUUCGCAAGGUGUGAAUAAGAGGGGCCAGCCAUGCGCCCAUCAUAUCACAAAUGGUGCGGAGCGGGGGUGGGACGGGAAUAUGUUUUCUCAAAACAGUUGAGCAAAGACAGAUCUCCAGAAAAUAGGAUUUAAUGUUGCUAUUUAAUAAUUCCACAUGCUUUUUAUCUGUAAAGGAAGAUCUUCAGGUCACUGUCCUGUGAAUUUUAAACCCACACUGCUCUAAAAGGGGAACUUUCACCUGUGAACUUUCACAUUGCCCCUCUUGAUAUGGAUGGCUAUUCUAAUGAAGGGCAAGGCAAAGAUUUGAAAUAGCCUUGAAAAUGAAGGGGAAGCAUAUACCAUAUCCCACUAUAGAGAAGGUGUGCUAAAGGCUGAGGCAUAUCCAUGGGAUCAAUUGGUCACUGAUCCUCAAGUUAAUUCUGUUUGAUCUAGAAACGUCCCCCGCCCCAGCCAUAAAAUCCAUUCCUUCCCUUUUAGAAGGAAAUGUUGGCCUUCAUUCUGCUUGCCCACCUCCAGUUCUAGCAGUCCAGUAAAAAAGAUUGGUGCCUCUACCAGAAUGUGAAGGAACCUGUCAGUGUAAGGCCUGUUUUCACCUGAGCAAUUUAUUCACAUGUGUCUAGUGAAAUAAAUGGCCAUGUUGUAGCUUGGUUACCAUUUUAAAGGCAAGAACUGGAUUUUUCCCUGGGAUGUAUUUUCUACUGAGGGCUAUUGACCUGUAGGCUCUUUCAGUGCACGCCCACUUGUGAAGGCCUUGGGCCUUGGGCUUUAAGUGGACUUCGUCGCUGAACAGGGAAAUAUAAGCAUGACAACUAGAGCCCAGGCGCCUCAGUGCUGUCAAGCUGCCUGCUACAAGCGCUCAGAACUACUUCGUUAAAGGAGUUUAUAAUAAAAGGAGCAAAACUCUGAGGCAUAAACUCCCCAUUUGAGGGGGAGAAGAGAAUGUGUUGGGAAUCUGAGUGUGAGUGUUUGCUUGAAUGUGGGGGGGUCCAGUUCACGACCUCAGUAUGCGUAGCGAUAUUUUGAAGGGUGGACAAGAAACCUAACAAGCAAAACACAUAAAAAAACCGAGACACUGGACUUUUUACCAUUUCCUUUAUUCUUCAGUAUUAAUGUUGUGUUUACAUGGGAUGAGGAGAUGGGGUUUAAUGCACUGCCCUUAGCUGGGCUAUUUGUAUUCGCUUGCAAUGUUACUAGAGAAAGCAGAAUCGACUAAAGUGAGAAGUGUGUCCCUCUUCCUAUUCCAGACCAUGUAGAACAGUACUUACAGACACCGCUGCCUAGACUGUAUAGUGGAUCCACACUUCAUUGUGCUCAUUAUUUUAUUUUAUUUUCCAGUCAUUGGAUCUUCCUCCCCACCUCACCAUGCUAGAUCUUGGCUUUCUUUCUAACCUACUACUUUUUGAGGGGUUUAUUUACAGCAACUUCAACACAACUAAGCCAGGUGUUUACAGUACAAAUGUUGGUUAAUCAUACAAACAUUAAAGAACAGAACAGCAAAAAUAAAAAAAGCAACUUCUUGGAGACAAGAAAUCAGACCAGGAGGGAGUCUGGAUGUAGUUGUUACAUUUUCCCCUGUGGGUGUGGGCUGUGUAAGAAUCUAUCACUUCCUACUUUUCUCCUUUACUUAACAGCUCACCUAAAAACCUGUGAGGAGCUAGGCAUAGGCAAAUUAAUAAAACAACCCCUCCCUCCCUCAUUGUUAAUCUGCCAUCCUUUCUCACGCUGAGUAGUGCAAUACUCCACAAAUAGUCCCAGUGAUUCUUCACCAGGAGUAAGGGUGGCAGAAUCUGUUCCUAAGGGUAUGUCCACACUUAAAAUGCAGCAGUGUAGAUACUACCUAUGCUGACGGGAGGUGUUCUUCCAUCGGCCUAGGUAAUCCACCUCCCUGAGAGGCGGUAGCUAGGUCAAUGGAAGAAUUCUUCUCUCGACCUAGGGCUGUGUAUACGGGGACUUAGGUUAGCUUAACAGUGCCACUCAGGGGUGUGGAUAUUUCACACACCUUACCAAUGUAGUUAAACUAACCUAAUUUUCUAGUGUAGACAAGGCCUAAGUAGUCCAGUGGUGUGAAAGUGCUGAUUUACCUUCUUGAAAUUCCUAGUCAGUCCCUCUGUAUAACUAAAGCUGUUUUAUAGCACUAGUUAAGUGCUGGAUGUUAAUUUCUUCUUUGUUUCACAAUGAUGCCUGGGUACAGGGGGGAACACCAUUCUCCUGCAGUGCUGGUUAUAGGUUAGAUUACACCACAAGGACACAACCCAUGUUGCGCCAUGCCAUUAGCGUCAUUAGCCACAAUUCUGUCCCUGCUCCCCCUUCUUGGGUGGUGGGGGAGUGGUAAUUUCUUGCUGGCCCAUAUUGGCGGCAAAUUUUGACGCUCCUGGUUUAGGCUUAAAUAUGUUGGCUGGUGUAAAGAUGAGCAGCUCAAAGUCUUCUAAUAGAUUAGAGAGUCACAGGUUUUCUUUAUAGAAACUGUGCUGGUUUAUUUGUAUCGUCAUAUUCAUCAAGGUGUGUUCUAAUUCUGUUUUGUAUUAUAAUCUCAAUCAAGUUCCCUGGUACUGAAGUAAGGCUGACUGCUGUUUUAUUCCCAGGAUUACCCCCUGGCAUCAUUAAAAAAAAAAUGUACAUGUGCUGCCCUCCAGUCCUCUGCUACAGUCACUGAUUCUAAUGAGAAAUUGCAUAUUUAUAUUAGCAGCUUGGUUACUUAAUUUAUUAAAAGUCCUUCUGUACUCUCUGAUGAAUCCUUCUAGACCUGGUGACUUAAUGCUCUUUAAUUUAUAGAUUUUUUUUUCCAGCACCUUUUCUUUUGACAGCUUAGUCUAUGACAUUUCCUUAUCUUUAUUUCCUGGGAAGAGUGAGUCUCUGGGAUAGAUAUCUCUGCAAUAUCCUUUGUGGGGAAGACUGAUGCAAAUAAGGCAUUACAUUCUUGACAGUGUCCGUAUAGUCGUUAAUUGCUCCAUGACGGUCCAGAGGACCCAACAGUUAUCCCAGGUUUUCUGCUUCUUGCAGAUGGAGCAAAUUUAUUUUGGCUAUUUGCUCUUCAAAUUCCCUUUGAGCCCUCUUGAUUUUUGUCUUACGUUUUACAAUCCUUUCAACCAAGUUUUUAUUUCCCAUUUGUCUUGAAACUUACCAUUUAAUCAUACAUUUACUUUCAUGUCCUCUUCCUUUCUUUAUUUGUUUAGAGGUAUCCAUGCCUUCUGUGAGUCUUUGAGCAUAAGUAUCCUCCAUGCCAAGUCUAAGGAUUUUUAUUUUGAUUUAAGACGUUUUUGACCUGCUUUUUAAAUCCUGCUUUUCAAUGUCAAGUGUCACCAUACUAGUUUUUGAUGUGAUUCCUCCCCCAAGGAUGCUGAACUGAAUUAUACUGUAGUCACUAUUACUGACUGGGUCAAAUAUAGUUACUUCUUGAACCGGCGCCUGUAUGUUAUGUAGGGUGCAGCUGAGAACAGUUUCUCCACUUGUGUGUUCUAGAAAUGAGCAGUUCCAAGAAGCAGUCAUUCAAAGUGUCGAGAAAUAGGUUCUCGAAACUUUUUGUUUUAUGACAUUUGCCCAGCUCAUGUGUGGGUAGUUGAAGCUGUCCAUUAUUACUGUUUUAUUAGGCUUAGCAGGGCCAGCUUUAGGAAGUGCGUGGCCUGAUUAGAAUAGUCUCGAUGGGGCCCCGGCAGGGAUGACUCACCCGGGGGCUCUCCGGGUCUUUGGCAGCACUUCGGCGGCGGGUCCUUCACUCACUCCGGGUCUUCGGCGGCACUGAAGGACCCACUGCCGAAGUGCCACUGAAGACCCGGAGCGCCGCUGGAUGAGUAAAAAUUAAAAAGGCGUGGGCGCGGGGCCCACUUAGGCACGGGGCCUGAUUCGGGGGAAUCGGCCUAAAGCCAGCCCUGAGGCUUAGUUGCCUCUCUAAUCUCCCUAUACAUUAUGUACCUAACAUCCUUUUCCUGGUCAGGAGGACAGAAAUAUAACCCUACUAGCAUAUUUAUAUUCUUCUAAUUUGGGGUUUAUGUCCCUGCAUAUUCUACUCUGUGGACCUCUCCCCUAAGAAAUUUUAACUCAUUAAAUUCUGUGGAAUCCUAUAAGCAUAGUGAGCUUCUCCCAUUUCUACAACCUGGAUAGUUUAUAUGCAGGUAUGGCAGUAUCCCACUGGCAUCUGACAUUCCACCAUGUUUCAGCAAUUCCUAUUAUCUCAAGGUCCUCACCCAUUCCCGUGCAUUCUAACUCCCUUAUUUUUUUGUAAGCUUCUCACACUUAUAUAGAUAUUUCUAGUUUUACCCAUGCACUUAUUUUUAUUACAUUCCUUAGUCUCACACUCUGAUACUUUUCUGAAAUGUACCUCUGUAAUCUCAGCCUGUCCCUUCUCCAGUUUGGCUGCAAUUGCCAUCCUAUCCUUUACUGGAUAAAGAUAUAUCUUUGCAUUACCGACAACCCUAGCAGCUGUCUUUGUCUGACCUGAGUCAUCCUUGGUACCGAUGAGAUUUCCUUCAGCUCCUACUUUAAAUAAUCCCCCCCAAAACCUUGCCAGUUUUGUGUGCCAACAGUCUGGCUCCACAUAGUAUAUGUGCUUUUUUUUUUCAAGUGGGACUUAAAAUCAUCAUCUGCGACUCAUUGGGGUGAAGGAAUUUGCAGCUGCACCUGCAUUUCCACUACCCAUGUUAGAAGUGAAGACUCUGACUGUGUUCACAUCAUUUUUAAAGCACAGAUUAUUUAUUUAAUAGGCUGUCACAGCUUCUCUUGUGGUUUAUAUUUAAAUCACAGACAUCACUUCAGUGACAAGGGUGCGAAUGGCACCACCAUUUCAUAUUAAUUGCAGUGCAGUUUAUUGCAAUGUAGUAAGCUCCAUAUUAGAGGGAGAAGCAUAAUAAUUUCAUCAGGGAUGCAGCUGCUGUUUCUCUACACAGGUGUAAAUAAGGCCUUAACACAACUGAGCCAUCAGUUUUAUAAAUGCCCUGUACAAACACAUUACAGGUGGUUUUCUGUUAGGUACAACAGUCAAUUUUAUAAUUAAAUAUAAAAAUAUGUUUUUAAUGUUCUGAUUUUUACAUGACUGUUUAUUCAAAUAUAACUAUAAACUUCUACCUGGAAAAUAAUGUGAUCUCCAGAUUGUGCCAAUUCACCUAUCACCAUGGCCUGCCUAAUGGCCACCAUCUGUUUUUUUAGCUGAGGAAGGUUGUGCAGGACUCCUUGAGCUGUUGCCUUUUAAUCAGCAUAGAUACUAGUUUUAGGCAUUGCGAGACACUCCCUCCUCCUCUGCCAGAUAUCAUAAGAGAUAUUCAUCAGAUUUCUAUGGACCAUCAACAGGACAUAGUAACUCAGCAGGUGGAGUGAGGAUCAAUAGCUAUGAAGUGAAAUGGGUUCCAUUUUGUUAGAUUGUUGGAGUACAAAAAAGGAAAAAGUCUGUGGUCUUUGGUAUCUGUCUGCUUCUCAAGUUAAAUACCCCACAAGUAUUUUUUUUUUUAAAAAUCAAGUUUCUGCAUCUCUAAUCAAGCAGACUGGAACAACUGGGUCACUAUGAAAGCAAAUUAACCAACAUUUGCACUCUGGUAUUGAAGAUGCUGAAACAUCUUUGACAUGUAAGUAUUCUAUUUUUUUAUGUUAGUAGCCUGUCAUGCGUAGUUAGACUGUGGAUAGAAAUGUCUAAAUGCGUUACUGAAUCAGGACCUAAUUGAAGAUUUUUUCAAAUUGUCAUUAUAAGCAGUCAGAGUAGAAAGAAACUACUGGUCUUGUUCAGCCAUUACUGUUUGGGAAAGUGCUUAUAGUCAUAGAUCUAUAAUACCCUAUUUUUUUAGGGGACCCCCAACAUCCACACUCACCUCUCAAAGGCAGACACAGAAUGCUCAUUUUUGUCAAAAGGAACUUACUGUAUGUGCCAGUGAACUGUGCACAACAUUUUCCUCUUAAAAAUUCCCUGGACACAGUGUGUACUUGCCCUACAGAGUGUAGUUGCUAUGGGCUGUAUAAGAAAUAAUUUGCGAAUUAGAAGAAAAGACAAAACAUUUAUUCAAGUGAUGGACUACGUAUGCUGGUCGUUUAUCCAAAAGUACUUAUAGUUCCUGUAGUGGAGCACUUAGCCUGUUUAUCACAUAAGUAUGCAGAGUUUUAUCAACCCCAAAUUACAAGAUUAUAUCUUUUCUGUCAUGCCACUGUAGUGUCCACUGUAAGGAUUAGAUUGAUUUAUUUUCCCCAAUUAAUUACUGUUUCAAUUAGGGAAUAAUGUCCUACUCCUUUUGACUCCUCCUAUACUGACAAGAAACCAUUAUUCAGUGCAAAAAGGCAAUAUUUGCAUCUAAUAAUCUGCUAACAUUAAGGGCAUGGUUUAAAUCCAAAGGAGAGAAAGGGUUUUGACUUCAGGCUGAAACUCUGCUUUGACACACAGUCUUUGCCCUCUGCUAGUUACGCUUCAGAGUUGCAGAGAUCUCUAAUCAGGUGAGACCAAAGAGUUCAAACCAAACCAUGGCUAUUUCCCUAGGUAUUACAGCAACAUAAUUCUCAUAUAAACAGUGCAUGGAUAUAUUUUUCCAUACAAAGAGUUACAUUAAAAACCGCUGUAAAGUGAAGCACUGAAAACUUAGGAGAUGCCCAAAUUAAAGUUGCUCAUGCAACCUUAAUCUGACCCUUUUGUGUAUGCCUUAUAAUACAGUCUUUAAGAUCACAUGCUAUUUUUUCCAGAGGACCCUGUGUCAUUUAGUGCACAAGAUGGACUGUACUCAGGGAAUGUGGCUGCUGAUGGGUAUUUCUUUUUAUCCUCACUGGCACUGAUCUUUGAAUAAUAUUUUAGUCUCCUUGAUUCUGAGCAAAGCCCGGCCCCCUUUUUCAAAGGGUAGGUUUAAACUUAGUCAUGGAAAACCUUUGGGAAAAUCAAUUAAACCCCAUGCAUAUUAAGCUUUCCAUGUAGAAUGCUUGGGGUUUCAUUCUGUAAGUCCUUCUCAUGGGUAGGGCCCUUUGCAGUCAGUGUGAGUUACACACAUGGAGGGCUUACUCUAUUGGCCCCUAAAUGUGUGAAUUCUAAAAUGCAGUAAAUAAUGGCCUGUCUCAUUUUUUAAAAAGAGCCAAAAUACAGGAAGAAUUAAGGGAGUGAAAACACCUAUUCUCUUACCUCUGAAGACCUAGGUUCAAAUUGUUAGUUGGGUCACAAUUGAACAUUAGUUUUGAGGUUUGUCUGGGAUCUGUGCCCUUUUCUUAUCAACCACUAGACCACACGGCCUCCCUAUUCUAAAUGAUCUAGCUCAUUGUAGAGUUUGUGAGGCCGAGCUUUGAGAUUAAACCAGUCUCGGCUCAAAGAUUCAUGAUCUUUGUUAGUUCUGCUGAUCCCACAGUCAUUCCACUGAUGCGUGUGAGCAAAGGAGAAACACCAGGGGAAUACAGCAACCAUGGUAAUAGCAGCAAUCAGGACAUUCAUCCUUUUAAAAUUCGGCCCACCUGAAGUUGACGGUUGGUUGGUUAGUUAAUGGCUGAAGCAAAGCUAAUGUCCUUGCAAGCUUCUUUUGCUGAUUUUGAGGAAGAUUUAUGGCUGCAUCAGUUCUCUCUUGCAGUUCUCUAAAACAACUGAAAUCUAAAGAAGAAAAAUUAAAAACCAGCGUAUCCUGUUUGUUCCUCUGGCUACUCAUCCAGACUAAACAAAAAACAAGCCAUGAGUAGACAGCAGCAUAUCAGGGUGUUUUGGUUUUUGUAGAAGAUCCUAAUGAGCUCUAUGUAUAAUCUACUUUUUGGGUAGACUUUGCUGUGCUUCACUGCAGCUCAUAAAGAGUUCUCCAGUGAGUGAUAGACACCUAUUAUGCUUAGGCAUUUCUGGGACUCACCACUGUGCAGAUUCAGACUGAGGGCAUAUAACCUAUGUAAUUUCCCCACACACACAUACACCCUGCCCAGUGCUUACACUGACAGGAAUGCAUAAAAAUCCAGAUGGUACAGCUAUUCAAUGGUCAGGCACGACAGUGUGGUUCUAGGGCCUGUGUUAUGCAGGAGGUUAGACUAGAUGACCAAAAUAGUCCCCUCCGGCCUUAAAAUUUGCAAAUCCUGUUGGUAUUGGUUCACACUGAAAUGUUUGGGCAGAGUUUGUAUCCUUUGCUUUUAAGUUUUGGGAUUGUUCAAAGUAAAGCAAAGACAAACUAAAAAAGCAGUGAGUUUUGUUAAGAUUCAUGAGUAGCAUAUGGAUUUUGUAAAAGUUUGUGUUCAUGGGGAUUCAUCCAGGCCAGUAGACCUAACACGUAACCAACUGUGAGAAAAAUUUCUUAUGGACCCAUAGACCUCAGCCUUUUUUUUUUUUAAAUUGUGCUUAUAGAGAAAGAGAGCAAAAAAAGUUCAGUUUGAGUCUCAGUUAUCUGGGCCCAAAAAUAUUUCAGACAAAAAGCUUUGCUGGUUUCAUUUCCACAUUCGUAUAAGAAACAAGCAAACUUCAGAGUCUUUUUGAAGUUUUGUCGCAAAAGGUUUGUACAGCUCUCUUCAGUAUCCAUCACACUUGGAAGUUUUCAGGACAUUGUGUGAAGCAGAAGACUAGAAUUGUGGGGCAUUGGAAUCCUCCAAGAAACAGUUCAAUAAAAGGGAUAGACUUCCCUGUUGCCUGGAGUAUUGGUCUUGACCUUUUAGACUUCACAGGUGCUGUUCCUGUCUCAGUAGUUUCUCUGACUGUACGUAUGAAAGAACAUAGGUACAUGAUAUUCCAAAUGGCAAGUUCUUUAUUAAAGAUACACCAUCACGGUCCCUUUCUUUUAUGAAAAGCAAUCCGGUGCUCUUCCGCUUUUAGGCUUCUGCAUUUCUACACACACUUCUCUUUAUUCUGUGAUUUUGGCAGUUUUUAGUUAGAAUCAUAGAAUCUCAGGGUUGGAAGGGACCUCAGGAGGUCAUCUAGUCCAACCCCCUGCUCAAAGCAGGACCAAACCCAACUAAAUCAUCCCAGCCAGGGCUUUGUCAAGCCUGACCUUAAAAACCUCUAAGGAAGGAGAUUCCACCACCUCCCUAGGUAACCCAUUCCAGUUCUUCACCAACCUCCUAGUGAAAAAGUUUUUCCUAAUGUCCAACCUAAACCUCCCCUCAAGUCUAAACUUGAGAGGACGUUGAGUGGUUGGAAGCCACAAGGAUGGGAUCCCGAUGUUUUAUUUAUUUUUUAACAUGUUCCUAUUGUUGCAACUAUUCUGGCUCCUGACCCCCUGUGCCUCUAAACAUAAUUCCCAGGAAUUAUUGUUUUUUAGUCAAAGGGUAGUAACACCAUGAGCAAUUACACACAUGAGCACUCAACAUUUCUCCCACUUCAUACAUUUCCUAUGUUAGCAUGAAAUUUCUUUAAUGCCAAGUGAAAUUUCUAAAAGGCUUGAUCGCAUGAUCCUUUUGCAUCUAGUCCAUUACACAUUUUACCUGUGCUUCACCUUCCCCACAUUUAUCACUGGCGAUAAUAUCCCUCUCUCCCAUUACUUUGUCAGAUAUUUUUAAGAUAGAACAGUAUCUUCUCAGAGCCUGGUGGGCUGUUUAGGCUUAGUGUGCAGAGAAUCCACCUUUUCCUUGCGAACUUCUGGGGGGGGAGGGGGAGGAGAGCUACUUUAAAGCAAACAGAAACUCUGAAUGUCAGGAAUAGAGGGAUCAAGCCUUUAAUAUAGCACAAUGUUAAUAGCCUCAGAGGAAGGGGAGAUGCCUGAAGAUGCUCAGAAUCCUGUACCAAUCCUGCAUCCAAUCUUACCAACCAUUGGGUGUGAGAUGCUAAUGAUGACUAGGGGCCUACCAAAUUUGCCAUUCAUUUUGGUCAAUUUCACAGUCAUAGGAUUUUUAAAAUAAUAAAUUUCAUGGUUUCAGCUAUUUAAAUCUGAAAUUUCACAGUGUUAUCAUUGUAGGGGUCCUGACCCAAAAAGGAGUUGGCGGGGGGCGAGUCACAAAGCUAUUGUAGGGGAGUAGUAAUGGUGGCAAUACCAUGAUCCUCUCCUAAAAUAACUUUGCCACCUCCUGCAACUCCACUUUGGGUCAGGACCCCCAAUUUGAGAAACUCUGGUCUCCCCCAUGAAAUCGGUAUAGUACUGUAGCGUAAAAGCACACAAAGGACCAGAUUUCACGGUCCAUGAUGCAUUUUUCAUGGCCGUGAAUUUGGUAGGGCCCUAAUGAUGACCACGCAUAGCUUUGGGGAAAGCAAUGACAUUGGAAGAUUUGAAAAAGGCCCAUUUUAUUUUUUUCCCUUCACACAACCAGCUGAUUUGUCCUCCAUCCCUUGGUAGCAUAUGUAGAAAUGGACCAGAUGGACAGCGCACCAGAUAACAGAGUACAUAAAUAUUCACUCUCCUUCCAAGCUUGCUGCAGCUUUCAUUUUUUCAUUUAGCUGACAGUCUCAGAAGAGUUAGCAACCUGAAGGAGGCUAGCAGGUGCUGAGUGCAUUAAAGAAGCAAUGGACCAUUGUCCCUAUUUUUCUAAUAUGUCUAUUAAGUUUUGGGUGCCUCAAUUUUUCUGUGUUCCAACUUGAGCUACCUAUAGCUUGAUUCUCGGAGGUGCUGAGCAACCACCACUGUUUUUGACUCCAUUUGGAGGUGAGGGUGCCCAGCUUCCUGGAAAUCAAGUCCUAAGUGUUGCAAGUUGGGCAUCAAAGGUGUGUGGACAGUUUUGAAAAUGUUAGCCUAAGUGACUAAGAAAGUGAGUUGACCAGCCAUGGGAGCAGCAGUUCGUGUGCUUUGGAAAUCAAGCGCACUGUGAUGGACACAGCAUGCUAACGGACUAGCAUACAUUGCUUUAGAGACUAAAGUGACGAAGACCUUAAUAGUUGAAGCAAAAUAUUACACAAGGCAAUGAGGGUAAGGAUAUGCAAAUAUCAUUGCAUCAUGCUACUGUUGUAUGGUUUUGCAGAGGUCAGGAACAGCAUAUGCAAUAUAUCUGUCAGCUCUCUUCUAAUGACCUAAGAAAGGAAUCCAUAUGAAAUGAGAAAUCACAUUUCCCCUCACCAAGCAGAGCUUGAUUUGAACCUGACUCUUUUUUGCCAUGACACAGGUAUAUUUACAUUCUUCAGGGGGAAGACUGGAAUUUCAUAACCCUUAACGGUGAGCGAUGCAUGAGGGGAUGCUUGUCAUUUCUUUGCAAGACAUGUCACACGGAAGAAUUUGAAUUUUAAAUAUCAUGUCCCUGUCUGUGCAUUACCCUACUAGAAGGCCUCCUGUGUGAAUGAAUAGUGAACUCUUCAGUUUCUCUCCUGAUUGGGGAGCGGGGGAGGUGGUCCUUAUGCUACAUUUCAGGACAGAAAAAGAAAAUCCAUCCAUUCUGUUUUACAAGCAACUCUUGAACAGAAGUCCUCCCUAGAGAGGGAUGACCUCUGCAUCCCAGUUCCCAAGCGCCUCAUCACUCCAGGGCUGUUAGAUUGAGGCAACUGGCAUUUAACACAAAACACUUAGUUUACAUGUAUGCUUCAGUCUGUGUGUAAGUUUUCUAGAUGAUAAUUUUAUUGGGGAAAAUGCUGUUUAGAUUGUGUGUGCAAAAUAAAUGGCUUGUAAAUAUUAAAAAACAAAAAAGUUUAAUUUUCAGUUGUGCAAUAAAAUUGUGAAAUAA